GCGGUGAGUCACGUGCCUGUCAACAGCCUCGGUGUGUCGCGGUGAGGCGCGCAGGUAGCUUUGUCCGCUGUCGCCUGCACAGACCAGGUAUGCUGGCAGCACCGUGUACGUCACAGCAACAGAAGCACUCUGGACAGUUGUACCUGGCCGCCACCAACCCAACUCGCCCACUGACGUCACAUUGGCCAGACCAGCGUGCAGGUGUGUGACCGUCUGCUUGUGACAACGUGUGACCAUGGGCCACUUCUGCAUGCUUGUUGUGGUCCUGCUCUUGCUGGUGGCGGCGCUGGUGUUGAUGCUGGUCAGCAUACUGACGGACUGGUGGUACCGGGUGGACACGCAAGGAAAUUACAGUUCCACCAUCACGCAGAACUACAAUUUCCACUAUGGGUUCUGGCGACUGUGUUACAAUACAGUCCCUGAUGACCUGACCGCUGACCAGCGCGCUAGACUGGACGGCAGCUGCCUGACCAUUUACCAACAGCUGAUUGAGAAGAACGAGGGCGACCUGGACUACGACCUCAGGCUUCGCUUGCACCUGUCGCGGACGGUGGUGGGCUGUGCGAUCGCGGCGGUGGGCGUGGCGGUGGGCGCGGCCCUCAGUUUGCUGUGCGCCGUGUGGCCAGGGCGCUGUGACCCCGUGCCGCGGCCGCCAUUCUACCUGACCAUGUCGCUCUUCGUCCUCCUCGCCUCCAUGUGUGGGAUAGCAAGUGGCAUCAGCUUUAUCGCACUGCGAGACCUGGACGCGACGACAUUCAGAUCGAGGCUGGUGACGCCGCCCACGUGGCCUGCGUUCAGUAAGGGCUCCUACGAGUGGUCUUCAUGCUUCACUGGAUCGCCACUGGCCUGAGUCUGGUGGUCAGCUUCCUGCUGCUGUGUCUCAUGCGGAACAGCUACGACACGGUCAAGCGUGACUCCAAGCGAACCCGCUACAGCAGUGUGUGACAGUCACGUGUGACAACUACAGCAGUGUGACAGUCACGUGUGACAACUACAGCAGUGUGUGACAGUCACGUGUGACAACUACAGCAGUGUGUGACAGCUGCAUCUCGCAUAAUGACUCGUCCAUGAGUUCUUCCCUUUUUUGCUGUCAAUCCUGUUGCUGCUGCUGCUGCUGUCGCUGCGGCGUAACAAGUGACACACAGACCACGACCAAAUGCUCGGCACUGUACAUACAAUACACGUCACGCUUGAUCAGUUUUGAGGAACUCGGGCCAUAGGGUACAUCAUCAACGAUAACAACUCGACGAUUAUUCUUGCCACCGUCUACAGUCUGCUGUCUGCACUCGACCGUCCAUUUGUCGGCUGUUACAUGUUGAUAAUCGCCUACAUUUCUGGGCAUUGACCUCCACUCUGUACACAAACUCUCUCCAUAAAACACCACAUAUUUAUAAACACAGAGACGCACAUACACAAGUCAAUUGUGUACUAAAACAAUACUACUGAAGUUUCCGGUAUAAUAAUUGUCGCUUGCACUCAAAAUUAAUGUCGCAUGCGACAAACUAUUCUACAAAUAUAUGUGUGUUCGUUAAAGUUGUUUUCUGCAGGCCUUAAACAUACACAGAAGUCACUUGGGCGAAGGUGCAAAGAGUAUUGUUGUCCGCCCACGUGUGUAGCAAGGGUAUAAAAAUCUCUCUCCAGUUGUGUGGAUAAAAAAGUCUAAUGAAAUUAUCAAACAGGAACUUAAAAAUACAUUCUUACAAGGGUGCAUCUGUUGUUAGGCAUGAGAGUCAUCUGUUGUGUAAAGGUGGUGUCAUCACUCGUCCAUGAAGCAUCAGACAUAAGACUACUUUGAUUUUGUCCUAGUGUAGUGUAUGCUAUUUAUGUACGCUUUUGAAAUUUUUUGCACAUUUAUUUAUAUAUUCAUCUUAUGGCACUGAAAUCAUCUUUUCCCGUUUAAAGAAUCCCAUUUAUAGGUUGU